GGAGGAGUUGAGCCAAUUAUCUGUGAGUCCUACAGAAGGAAAAUCUGCAAUUUGCCAGUAGUUGUGAGAGAGAGAGGGAGAAAGACAGAGAGGGAAGGAAAAAGACUUAACUGGCAAACAUAAAGAAAAGCCCCUUUUAUCCUAGAGAGAGAAUAUUUUAAAGCAAAUCUCAGACCAGAAGAAAAGAAGCCCGUGGGGAGGGAUGAGCCAGGCAAGAUCUGGGGAAGCAUAGGGUCACCAAAGGCAACUUCCAUGCUGACCCUGAUCUUUCUGCAGAGGAUCUGAAGCAGCCCAGAGGCAGGGUGGGCCAGCUGGAUGCACCCAUUACCCUGCACGAGUAGGUGCUGCUUUUGAAAUUCUUCCCCCACAGCAGAGCCUACAAAGUACAACUUGCAAGAAAAGGCAGUGAGAGUGGGAGAGACUCAGCUUCUCCUUUUCUUGAACUGAGCCUGUAAGGGAAAAUCUCAUCUGCCCGAAGGGAAGAACUGUCACCAGUUCUGAGACUCUUCUUUAGCCUAAGUUGAUUGCCUGAUCCAGUACUUACAUCCACGGGGGAAUGCCCUCUGAAGCCCUGUGGUCCUUCCCAGUCCUGCUAAGUUCUUGGGAAAUUCUGGAGAAGAACUGAGCUCAGAACAAGCAGCGUGGGAUCCACAGAACAGCCUUUUACAACAGCGGCCACCUCAGAUUAAAACUACCAUCUUCAUCAGACUGCACAGAGACCCAGGACUGCUCCUCCUGGGAAAGAGAGGACCAAGCAAUGAUGAAGACCAUGUCUGGUGCAAACUGCAACCUGAACGUGCCGGCCAAGAACUCGUACCGCAUGGUGGUGCUGGGAGCCUCCAGGGUGGGGAAAAGCUCCAUCGUCUCGCGCUUCCUCAACGGCCGCUUCGAGGAUCAGUACACUCCCACCAUCGAGGAUUUCCAUCGCAAGGUCUACAACAUACGGGGAGACAUGUAUCAGCUGGACAUCCUGGACACCUCUGGGAAUCACCCUUUCCCUGCCAUGAGGAGGCUUUCCAUCCUAACAGGGGAUGUUUUCAUCCUGGUGUUCAGCCUGGACAACAGAGAAUCCUUUGAUGAGGUCAAGCGACUCCAGAAACAGAUCCUUGAGGUCAAAUCCUGCCUGAAGAACAAGACCAAGGAAUCAGCUGACCUCCCCAUGGUGAUCUGUGGCAACAAAAAUGACCACAGUGAAAUCUUCCGCAAAGUACGCACUGACGAAGGUGAGGAUCUUGUCUCCAGUGAUGAAAACUGUGCUUACUUCGAAGUGUCAGCCAAGAAGAACACCAAUGUGGAUGAGAUGUUUUAUGUCCUCUUCAGCAUGGCCAAGCUACCUCAUGAGAUGAGCCCUUCCCUCCACAGGAAAAUCUCCAUCCAGUAUGGUGACACUUUCCAACAGAAAUCCUUCCGGAUGCGCCGAUUCAAGGACAUGGAUGCCUAUGGCAUGAUCUCUCCCUUCGCUCGCCGGCCAAGUGUCAACAGUGACCUGAAGUACAUCAAAUCGAAAGUUCUCAGGGAAGGGCAGUCCAGGGAGAGAGAGAAAUGCACAGUCCAGUGAAGGAGGCUUGCACUUCUGUCUGAAGACAACAUCCACAUGCAGUGCCUUAAAGAAAAAUGGUCUGUGGAAGCAAAGAACAGGCUCGUGGGGGUUAUUGACAAAACCCAACACAGAGAAAGGAUAACUUCCUGUGGAUUCUGCUGAGUCACAAAUGUAAAUAACAUCAUCCUUGAAGAUGACUGGGAAUAAUCAUACACCUGAGAUACAAGUGCAUUUUUUUGUCUUUGUAAUGUAGUUUCUCCUCAUUCCCCUUUUUGUUAGAAAAAUACAGUCCUGAGAAGUAAAGACAUUUCAGCUUUAUCGUUACAAAGAAAAUAGAUCAAAAAUGCACAGAAGGCAUUAACAGUGACCCAGCAUGCAGCUCUUACUAAGAGAGAGGAGGUUAUGUGUGUGUGUGUGUGUGUGUGUGUGUGUGUGUGUGUGUGUGUGUGUGUGUACCUCUGUGUGCCCAUGUGCACGUGUGCAUGCAUGUGUGGACCUCUCCUUUUACAAAGUGGGACUUGCAUUUCAAAGAGGAACAGUCUUAACUGCACAUUCCCAGAUUGGGAGUGGACUCUAUAUAUGGAUGCGUGACUUUCACUCACUUCUGAGGGCACCUGCAUUAAGAACUUGGUUUUAUGUUUGUUGGGGCAGUUAUCAUUUGACAUUGACAUGAAUGUUGGUUUGUAUUACAGAUUUUAUUUGGGAUUUGUUGGGGGUUUUUUUUAAUUGUCUGGGGGUGGGUUUUUAGCAAAAUCAGAUGGCAAGUGCAUUUGAUAUUAAACAGUGUCUGCUUUCUACCAGUGAAAGGUGGUUUUCAUCUGUAAUGCUUUCUAAUAUGUACACUGACUGAAAGUGAAAUUAUUCUGCAAAAAGCCAAUGCAUUUCUCUGCUUUGGAAGUCUGGUGUGAUGUUGUUUCUCAAAGCAGCCACACCGAUUCUGACUUUCAUAAUACAAAUGCCACCCUUUGCCUUUCUGGCCACUGGACUAAUGAUCCCUUCCUCUGCCUGUAUCAGCUGAGAGUGACCAGACUUGUAUGUAGAAUCAGACCACUUCAGGGUCAGGAAUGGAUUCUUUUUCAAAAUAAGAACUGAAUGGUUAUAGGGCCAGCUCCUUCAUAUUUCUUCAGCUGACAUGCUUCUAGUAAUUUUGUUCAUGCUUUCCCUCACUGUCCAGUAAAGAUUGCCUUGAUCAUUUACACUGCAGAACCCCUUCAGAACAGAAGCUUUGUCCUGGCUGUUCAAACAGGAUUGAACUGACUGGUCAGAUAAAUCUGGGGCUGUCCAUUCACUUCUUUCCUUUCUCAGCCCAGUAUAGGCUUCCUUAUCCCUGUUCUGCUUCUGGCUCUGUUGUUUGAUGAGCUCCUGUAUGCCCUCAAAGUCCAGUAUAUUCUCUCAAAUGUGAGCUUGCUCCUCUUGCUGACUGGAAUGAAAUGUGUGCACACGUAUCUGUGGGCAAAGCAUGGCCCCAAGACAGCAAACAACAGUAGAAUAUAUAUUUUAUAUAUACCUCAGAAAGAUGUUCACAUAUAUUGUCCUUCCCUCACCCUAAAGUUCUGUGUUUGGCUACAUCUGCCUUGCUGUGUCUUGGGCAGAGCUGUGAGCUAGUUCGUGCUAUAAUUUGACAGGAAACCAAGAAUGAUGAUUGUCUGUAAAAAUUAGCCUCUGGGAUUCAAAGUCCCAUACUCAUUUAUCAACUCCACCCUUCAUUGGUACUGUAUUAGUAAAAUACACUGUUAUUUUAUUCCUGUUGCCAGGGCAGCACCUUUCUGACCACGUCUCCCUCCCUUCUAUAAAUAUGUAUAUGGUUUAUGAUUAAAUCUGAUUUAUUUAUUA